AUAAAUUAAAUAAAAAGGAACCAAACUGUUACACACCCAGUCAAGGUACUCAUUAAAUACUUCUACUUUAAUGCACUUGUUGAGUCAAGAAUCCAACUCUCUAAUCAUAAGAGAAGAUAAAGAACGUUAUGUUGGUGACGUUGGUGAUGGACGAUGUUAAUAUUUAGUUUCGAUCACUCCGUAAACCAUAUCAUCGCAUUUAAAAUUACAAAAAACCUUUAAUAAAAUUUGCAAAAAUGCUACUGAAACAUCGCGUGAGACAACAAAUAAACUAGACGGAACUUACCACAAAACAGCUAUUUAUUUGGGCCCUCCCUAGAAGUAGUUUACAACCUCAUUAGUUUAUAGUCGGGUCACGGCCACGUUAUGGCGUGAACGACGAUACAAAUGCUUGACGGCUCUGUGACGGGCACGUCACAAGGUUGUCACGCCAUAAUCGCGACGAGCACGUAUAAUAAACGGUGACGUGAACGUGAUAACGGAUAAAUUCGGAAGUGAUUCUACCUAUUAUAUCAUUUAGCAAACAUGACUGACGAAGUCGAGCCCGAGGAACAAAAGAAGCCAAUGAAAGAGAUCGCAGUGGUGUUCGACGAGGGGGCCUUCGUGUACGAAACUGGGGACACCUACGAGGGCUCUUUUGAGGCGAGGAAGAAGGACCGGUUCUUGAAGAUGAACGGUCUCGGCGUGUAUACCACGGCAGAAGGCGAUGUGUACACUGGUGCCUGGGAAGGCGACCGCCUCUUCGGCGACGAUGUGACCAUCACUUACACUGACGGCUCCAAAUACGAGGGACCGUUCAAAGACUGGUCCUACAACGGUAGAGGCAAAUAUACGUUUCCUGAUGGCACGGUGUUGAAUACGGAUUUUGUUGAGAACUGUCCUGUAAAAGAGAUGAUGUUGACAGAUCCAAACGGCCAUGUGUGGCUUGGACGCGCGGACGUCGGGUUUGGACGGCUAGAUCCUUGGAAUCACUUCUAUCAGGGAUUAGAGAGGCCAAGUGAGAAAUCACAGAGUAGCCAAGAAAGGGUUGUUCAACAGAAUUAGAAAAAUAACUGUCAAUACGGUCUGAAGAUUUUACAUAGGUACCUAGGUAGGUACAUCACCUACAUUCUAAAAUGUCAAACGUUGACAUACGAGGGCUAUUAAAGUACUAUUCCCACCGAACGUGUGGAGUCGGAACGCAUUUGACGUUUGUACGACCGCAAGCCAAACGGCUCUGGACGGACUCCAUCGCUUCUGCCAUAGCUACAUAAUGUAUAGACAGUAGGCACAUUGAAAAUGCGCUCCGGCGCGGCCCGUCUCUAGCCGGUCGGUGGGAAUCGUACAUUACGCCGACAAUUUUUACACGCUGUUAACUGGUAUGCAGAUUUGCAGAAGGUUGCUACUAAAACGUACUGAUCAUAUGCUCUUUGGUUGCUACUCACUAUUGCACUCUAUUUUGCUGUGUAGUUACUUCCUGCUUUGGAGUAUAUUAAUUUAAGUACCUAAGAAAUUUUAUUUCCUUUCAUAACAGUUUAAAAGUUUUCCCUCUUAUUAUGUCUAAAAAUAAAAGUUGAUUGGAGCAUCUA